CUGCCAUAUCGAACUGGAACUCCAUGGCGAUAAGCCCACAUGCCAUCCUCAGCGCCUCAUCACAUAAGCCAACUAUGGGAUCCGUACUCCAUUUCCUGCUUCCCGCUCCUUUUCCCCGCAUCAAAUUCCCAUCUUCCUUUUCAUCCUCGUCUCGCACUAAAACCCUAAUCCUCUCUCCCACUGCUGCUCGGAAGACCCCGAGGGGAUUCGGCUCCACUAUCUCCUCCCAAAAAUCCAAGAAUAGAAAGCAAAAGAAGAGAUUGGGCCAAAUCGAUGAUGAAGAAGAAGAUGAUGAAGAUGAGGAAGAGAGAGACGAUGACGCUGGGACCAUCCCUGAGGUAGUGACGAAUCGAAUGAUGCAGCGGAUGGGGUUGUCGGUGGGCAUUCCGUUGGGCAUCGGACUUCUUUUUUUCCCAUUUUUCUACUAUCUGAAGGUGGCGGUGAAGUUAGAUGUGCCCAACUGGAUACCCCUCCUCGUCUCCUUUUUCUUUUUUGGGGCCUCUCUUCUUGGCGUCAGCUAUGGGAUCGUGUCUGCGAGCUGGGAUCCGCUUCGUGAGGGAUCUGUACUCGGAUGGAAUGAGGCGAGAAGGAAUUGGCCUGUGUUCUGGCAGUCCCUUCGGAGAGGCGAAGAUAAGAAGUAGCGCAUUCACGAUCUCAAUGGUUAGUUGUUGCUUGUGAGGGAAGGCGUGCAGCUAUGGAUGUAGAAAGUCGAAUUUUCUAUUGUUACAUGGGAAGGCUAUGUUCAUCUUGAUUGAUCGCUUCAGGCGCUAAUUACUUGUUGUAAAGGUUGGAAUUUCUUGCGGUUGCUUGUAGAAAAUUUUCAGUGCUUAUUUUGAUUUGGAGUUUGAAAUUUGAUAAUGGAAUUCUGCAAUGAGGAUGGUUAGAGAUCAGGAAUGGGACUGAAGCACACUUUGCUUGUUAUGAACAAUGGUGGUCCGGGAAAAGUUUAAUCCCUCCAAAAACUAUUUUUUCUUCGAUGGAGAUAACUGAUAUGAGGAGUGAAUGAUAUAUUGCCAGUGUUGCAUUGUGAUGAACAAAGAACAUGAGUCUGUGCGUGCUUUUUGCUCCAUUCCGAUACUGAACUCGCAGUGACGAACAGAUGUAUUGCUUGACUACUGUGUUUUUGUUACUAUAUUGAAUUAACAAUAGUUUCGGUGAAGUUUCUCGUUCCACAA